AUGUACAUCGCCAACAACCGCACCACCCUCUACCGUCUCUCGAGCCGCGCUUUCUCAAAGCGCUUUAUCAAUACCAAGAAGCCCCUCUUCUCCGGCGCCAAUCGACACGCGCGCGAUGUGGAGGUUGGUCAGGUACCCUCUCCAGCAGCAGCGAGCACAAGCGCAAGCACUAGCACGGCAGCCAGCAACGCUCUGAAGGACCCCCUCGAGAAGGCCAGGAAUGAUCUGCUGAACAAGCUUGGAUCCAACUCCUCGGGAACCGUGGUCGCCUCAGUAGGCCCUUCCGACUCAUCAUCCAUCACCGCCGCCGCCAAGGCCGCAGCUGCCAGCAACUCGGCACUCCCCCAUGGCAAGGUCUUUACUGUCCGACCCAUCACUUCGUGGAUCGACAAAUUGGCCAACCAACACGGAGCCCCAACGGGAACCCAUAUCAACCCCACAGGAACGCCUGCCGAGCCUCCCAAGAAGACGUACCAAAAACGCAAUCUUCUUCUCAGGACGAUGCAGGACUCGUACACGGAGAUCAUCUUGCCUUUCAAGACGGACAAGGCACUCUUGGAAGAGUACAUCAACGUUGGAGGAUCAUUGAGACAUGGCAAAAUCAUGGAGGAUCUCGAUGCGCUCGCUGGCGCCAUUUCAUACAAACAUACCGAUGAUGGCAAGCCCGACAGCUCGCCUCUCACCAUCGUCACUGCUUCGGUCGACAGAAUUGACCUGCUCAAGUCCCUUGACGUCUGCGACCUCCGCCUGUCUGGUCAUGUCACCUAUGUCGGAUACAGUUCUAUGGAGAUUUACAUGAAGAUGGAGGAGAUCAACAAGGACAAGCCAGGCCAGCACGGAGACACCAUUUUGGUCGCACGGUUCACAAUGGUUGCCAGAGACGCAGUCACCGGCAAGGCCGCCCAGGUCAACCCUCUCUUGCUCCGUGACGACAACGAGAAGAAGCUGUUCCAAAUGGGAGAAGAUCACAAGACCAAGAAGCGGGUUGCUACCGAUUCAGCAUUGACAAAGCUGCCCCCAACACAGGAGGAGCGCUUCCUGAUCCACGACCUGUAUCUUGAAUACUCCAAGUACGAUGACCCUCAGAACAAGACCAACAAGCCAGACAAUGUCGAGUGGAUGGCAGAUACCAAGAUGAGCGCCGUUCACAUCAUGCAGCCCCAGGAUCGCAACAUUCACGACAAGAUUUUCGGUGGUUACUUGAUGCGCUUGGCCUAUGAGCUCGCGUUCUGCAAUGCAUCAUCAUUUAUUGCCUCCCGCCCAACAUUCCUGGCCCUGGACGAGAUUUCAUUCAGGAAACCUGUGCCAAUCGGCACCUUCUUGGGACUCGACUCUCAGAUCGUGUAUGCCGAGGGAGGCGAUCACCACUCGUUCCAAGUCAUGGUCAAGGCUGAUGUCUUGGAUGUGAAGAAAGGUACACGGGAGACCACCAACACCUUCUGGUUCACGUUCACGGACCCCGUUAAGGGAACUAACCGGAUUAUGCCCAAGACCUAUGCCGAGUCGAUGUUGUACCUCGAGGGCAAGCGUCGUAGGAUGUUGGGAAGCCAGCUUGCGGGCAUCAACCGCAAGAGCCUGGGUAUUCAAAAAUAA